AUGGAAACAACCCGCACCCUCCACCGCCAACUCACCACCGACUCCCACACCACCUCCCUCCCCAUCCCCUCCCUCUCCUGGCUCACCACCCUCAUCCCCUCCACCACCUCUCGCAACAUCCCACCCCUUCCCUCCCUCCUAGCCACCGCCCGCCUCCGCCUCCUUUCCUCCGACCUAUCCACGCCCGGUCUCCUCGACCCCAGCUACGUCUCCUCACACAGCUUCCCCCCCUCUCUAACAUCCGGUCAUCACCCAACUACGGGGUACCCAAAAGACCAGACCCUCCCACAAGACGUCCUAGUCCAAGUCCUCGAUAUAGUCAACCUGUCCCGCUCCAAAUGGGAAGUCGUCGAAGAGCUCGAGUCCAUCGAGCGCGGGGAGCAGACGCGCGGGAGGGAAGUUAUUCGGUUACCUACUACCUCCAAUAAUCCCGACGACCCCAACGACGGGGUAGAUAUGGGUGACGGCGGGACCCAAACCCAACCCACCACCACCACAACAACAGCCCAGCAACAAGCAGCGGCCCAAGCAAAAGAACGCAAAAACGCAACACACAAAUUAACCCUCCAAGAUCCCUCAGGGCAGAGACUUUUUGCUCUGGAACUAAAAAGAAUAGAAGAAAUUGCCGUGCCGCAGUUCUUCAACGGAAAAAUGGUUGGAGGGACGCCGAUCGGGUGUAAGUUGUUGUUGAAAAAGGGGACAAAAGUGGCGAGGGGGGUGGUGUUGUUGGAGCCGGGGAUGGUGAAGGUGUUGGGGGGUAGGGUGGAGGGGUGGGGGAAGGUUUGGGAACGGGGACGGUUGGAGAGGGUGAGGGGGGAGGUGAAUCUGGUUCAGAGGUAG